GUGACCCCGCCCCUUCCCCGUUCCGGUCCCGAACCGGCGCCGCUCCCGCAGCCGCUCCCAGUGCUCCCAGUAACGCCCUGGUGUCCUCCCAGUAACCCCUCCCAGUACUCCCAGUAACCCCUCCCAGUACUCCCAGUAACCCCUCCCAGCACUCCCAGUACCCCCUCCCAGCGCUCCCAGCGCCUCCCAGUUUGGCACCAUGUUCCUGGUGAAGGGGUUACUGGGCGGUGGGGGCGGGGGCGGUGGGGGGGGUCUCCCCGCGGGCAUCGGCUCCGUUUUGGGGGGGCUCCUGAGCGGGGGAGGGGGCGGUGGGGGCGGCGCCGGGGGAGCCAUGGGGGUCCUGGGAGGAGUCAUCAGUGCCAUCAGCGAAGCCGCCGCCCACUACAACCCCGAGCCCCCCCCCCCCCGUGCUCACAUCUCCACGGUCGACGCCAACGAGAGCGAGGAGGUUCGGCAGUUCCGGCGCCUCUUCACCCAGCUGGCCGGGGAGGACAUGGAGGUGAGCCCCACCGAGCUCAUGAACAUCCUCAACAGGGUCGUCACCCGCCACCCCGACCUGAAGACGGAUGGAUUUGGGCUGGACACGUGCCGGAGCAUGGUGGCGGUCAUGGAUAGCGACACCACCGGGAAAUUGGGAUUUGAGGAGUUCAAAUAUCUCUGGAAUAACAUCAAGAAGUGGCAGUGCGUGUACAAAGAAUUCGACGCCGAUCGCUCGGGGACCAUCGGGCCCCAGGAGCUGCCAGGGGCCUUUGAGGCCGCAGGAUUUCGGCUGCCCCCCGCACUUUGGGGGGUUUUGGGGCGUCGUUACGGGGACGAGGGGGGGAACCUGGAUUUUGACAACUUCAUCAGCUGCCUCGUGCGCCUGGACGCCAUGUUCCGUGCCUUCAAGUCCCUGGACCGGGAUGGGUCGGGGCAGAUCCGUGUCAGCCUCCAGGAGUGGCUCCAGCUCACCAUGUACUCGUGAUGGGACCUUCCAGGACCUUCCAGGACCCCAAAAAAUCCCCCCGGACACUCCAGGACCCCAAAAAUCCUCCUGGACCCUCCAACUGCACCCCCAGCCCCCCCCCCCCCCGCCCUAAAUCUGCACUCCCCCUCCCCAAAUAAACACCCCCCACCCCUCCA